CAAAAAGUAAACUAAAUAAACUUUAAGCAAUAAAUCUCAGUUCCUUUUAUUUAUUUAUUUUCCGAGAAUUUAAAAUCCCACCUUCCCCGAUAACAAAGAAGCGACUGCUUUUUGAUAGGGUUUGCUUCUCUCUCUUCGGGCUCAAAAUCACAUUCUAAAGUUCUGCAAUUCGCCAAAUUAGGGUUAGGGUUUUAACUAUGUAUGCUGAUCGCGUAGACGCUGCAGCGAAGACUUCAAUAAAGGAUCGCCUUAACGGCAAUUCCAUCGGCGACUCCGCUCGCCUCCGUCAUAUUACUGGCAAAAGGCAGAGGCAAGAUGAUAAAUGGGAACAUGAUCUCUAUGAUGAUGGUGGACCACGUGUUUCAAAUCACAAAAUUGAUGCUCGAGAUCUUCGGUUAAAGCUCCAAAGGAAAAGUUUCCAGCAAGCAUCUCCCCGUUCAGGUGUGCGGGAUCUGCGUGAAAAACUAUCGGGGACGAUGAAUUCACAGCCAGCAAAUGUUGAUCCACCCAAACCAAAAAUAGCUGUUGCUAAACCAGCCAGGAGAAGUGUUGCUGUUGAAGCUCCUGAACCAGAGAUUAAAAAAACUGCCAUUGUGGUUUCUAGAAAAGGAUAUCAGCAGAAGACGGAUUCAUCUGUGGAUGGCUUUUUGCAGUCAUUGGGUCUUGAGAAAUAUCUCAUUACUUUUCAAGCUGAGGAGGUGGAUAUGACAGCUCUUGUACACAUGAAUGAUGAAGACCUGAAGGCUUUAGGGAUACCAAUGGGCCCAAGGAAGAAAAUACUCUUAGCGUUGGAAUCAAGGGGCUGAGAUUUAGGAGACGAUGUAUUAUUGGUUUGUCCCCCCGGUUGGUACAGGCCUUCAUGUAAACAUCUUCCCUUUGUUUUCCCUAGUAUUGCUACAGUGUCUUUUUCCGGUUAAUUAUUGUGAAACCAGUAUGAGUGGCUAACUCUCGACAAAGGUAGAAGCUCUUUUCGUCUUGGCUCCUUUGGAUUUUAUGGAUAUUAGAUAGUAGGUACAACCUUAAAUUGGUGCAAUCUUUGUGCUUCGUUUA